CUUGGAUGUGGGAGGCAAACUAUUGUGGGUUGCCGUAACAAAGUCUCCUUGUACCCUACAGGCAGUCGUAUAAAUCAGACUGAUAAGUCAUUGCUUUUCAAUCCAAGAACUUUGCAGAUGGAGACAAGCAAUGGAAGUGAUCAGGAGUUUGAUACUUCUGCUGUCUUUUCAGCUCCUGCAUGUGGCAAAAGGUUCUAUGGUUUGGCUAAAUGAGAAUGGCUAUGAGGAUUUGGUUGUUGCAAUUAAUCCUCAGGUGCCAGAAGAUGCCAACAUCAUCCUGAACACCAUGAACAUGAUUAAAAAUGCCUCUAAUUACUUGUUUGAAAUGACAAAACGUCGGUUUUACUUCAAGUCUGUAAAAAUUGUAAUUCCUAAAACAUGGAAGAAAAAGACCAGCUAUUCAAGAUUGAAAACAGAAUCGUAUGAUAAGGCAGAUGUCAUCAUAGCAGACCCUUAUAUGAAAAGCGGGGAUGAUCCUUAUACUUUACAGUAUGGAGGAUGUAAGGAGAAAGGACGCUACAUCCACUUCACACCUAACUUCCUGUUAAAUGACAGCUUGACUCAUGUUUAUGGAGAAAGAGGUCUAGUUUUUGUCCAUGAGUGGGCUCACUUGCGCUGGGGGGUGUUUGAUGAAUACAGUAGCACCAACCCUUUCUAUGUGUCUCAGGAUUUCGAAGGAGCAAGUGUUGAAGCAACAAGGUGCCCAGCUGGUAUGACUGGUAUUCCUGUUUUCCAAGACUGCAAGGGAGACACGUGUGAGCUAAGAAGCUGUAGAUAUGAUGGUCAGCUAUAUGAAAAAGGAUGUUUAUUUAUUCCAGAUAUACCACAAAAUAUCCCAUCUUCCGUUAUGUAUAUGCAAUUCAUCCCUUCUGUGAUUGGAUUUUGUGAUAAAAACACUCACAACAGUGAGGCUCCAAACAUGCAGAAUAAGAUCUGCAACCACAAAAGCACAUGGGAAGUAAUUAUGGAAUCUGAUGACUUUCACAACUCAGCUGUCGUAAAUGCUUCCUCACCCCGCUUUGAGACAACCUUCACGCUGCUGCAGUCCCAGGAGCGAGCAGUUGUUUUAGUACUGGAUGUUUCUUCGAGCAUGACAGUGCGUGAUCGCAUCAGACAUCUCCAUAGCGCUGCAGAGGCAUUUCUGCUCCAUGUUGUUGAGAUCGGUUCCUGGGUUGGAAUUGUCACAUUUCACUCGGAGGCAUUGGAAAAAGCCCAUUUGCAACAAGUAACCAACGAUACAGCACGCCAAGAACUUAUUCAAUAUUUACCUACAACAGUUGGUGGACAAACCAAUAUCUGUGCAGGCAUACGUAAAGGACUUAAGGUAAUUGAGAAUAAAAUGAAUACUACCUAUGGAUCAGAGAUCUUGUUACUGACGGAUGGAGAUGAUCCAGGUAUUGCAGCUUGCUUUGAUUUGGUGAAACAAAGUGGGACAAUAAUCCACACCAUUGCACUGGGGGCUUUUGCAGCCAAAGAGUUAGAAGAGUUUUCAAAACUAACAGGUGGUUCCAAGCUUUAUGCUGUAGAUGGACCUGUUCCCAAUAAAUUAACUGAGACAUUCAGUACAAUUACAUCAGGAAGUGGAGAUAUUUCUGAGCAAUCUGUUCAGAUUGAAAGCAAAGAAGUAAUUGUUCCUCACUCUGGAUGGAUGAAUACUACUGUGCCUGUUGAUGAAACUAUAGGAAACGACACUUUCUUCAGCAUCGCAUGGAGUCUUUCUCAGCCAUAUUUUUUCCUGAGGGACCCCAAAGGAAAAGAAUACGGAAGCUCAGCUUUUCAAAUCAAUGAUUCAAACCCGAACAUAGCUAGGCUCAGUAUCAGUGGCACAGCAGAGGUGGGCGAAUGGCAGUUUUAUAUUAAAAAUAUUCAUAAGGAAGCUCAAACCAUAUUAAUAACAGCUCUCUCUCGACCGGCAUCUUCCAGUGUUCCUCCUGUGAGGGUUGCGGCUCACAUGAACAAGGCAAACAGAGCAUUUAAUCCAGUUGUGGUUUAUGCAGAGGUGAGCCAAGGGUUUUCGCCUGUUCUUGGUGCAACUGUGAUAGCCACCAUAGAGAAGGACGGUGCUGCCCCAGUAACCCUUGAACUUCUCGAUAACGGUGCAGGUGCUGACAUGAUGAAGAAUGAUGGAAUCUACUCAAGGUACUUCACUGCUUUACGACGCACUGGACGAUACCGUCUGAAAGUGAAUGCCCAUGGGAGAAAUACAACCACUAGACUCAACCUCAGGCAAAAUCGAGCCUUGUAUAUGCCAGGCUACAGAGAAAAUGGCAAAAUUCACAUGAAUGCACCAAGACCCAAAUUUGCAGAUGACGAAAACCAAGUCAAGCUGGGAAGUUUCAGCAGAAUUUCAACGAGUUCUCUUGUAGUGGAUACACGAGGAGAUUCGGCUUCUGCAUACCCCCCCUGCAAGGUUACAGACCUUCAUGCCCAUAUAGAAAAUAAUACAAUAGUCUUGUCUUGGACAGCACCAGGAGGUGACUUGGACAAUGGAAAAGCUGAUCACUACAUCAUAAAAAGCAGUGCAAAUCUUCUGGACCUAAGAAAUCACUUUGACAGUGCUACCUCUGUGAACUCCUCUCAUCUCAUCCCUAAAGAGGCUGGCAGGGAAGAAUCGAUUACAAUUAAUCCAGAAAAUUUCACAAUAGAAAGGAACACCCUAAUCUACUUUGCUAUACGAGCUGUUGAUGAUACAAACUUGAUUUCGGAGGUGUCUAACAUAGCACAAGCCACAUGGUUCAUUCCUCCAGAACCACCUGGGCCUUUAGAUUAUGACGGCAACAACGAAGAUGCCAACGUUACACUGAUAGCAGCAAUAGUGGCUGCGUGUGUAGUAGUCAUCUGUGUCAUUGUAAGUUCAACCCUGUAUGUUUUACAGAGAAAAAAGGGAAGGCUGGAUAUUGCCAGAAUACAAAAGCAUCUGUAAAAUGAAGUUAAAAAACAGAAGGAAUUUACUAUCAUUUUUUCUACACAAGUUUCCAAGUAGGGAAAGAAGUAUUUCUACACGCAAAAAAAGAAGUGCACUGAUUUUAAACUGAUGUAUUUGUAUUCUGAUUGGCUUACAGAGAUAGAUUUUCACGUGUGUCUUGUUUUCAACUACAUGGAUACUGAUUAAAUGUUAAACACGAAAGCACAUACUCAGAAAUACAAUGAAGUGUGAUGUGUGUGCCAUCAUUUGUUUCUAUGUGAUAAAAAACUGUUGUUGCAAGCCUCUUCCAAUGUGUUUUUUUUCCUUAAACAAAGAAAGCAAAGGAAUACGACACUUCCCUUAUUUUUAUUGUCACAUAACCAUCAAGUAAGGCAAGGUGGGAAAACGAUCAGAAAGAUCUUCUUGAAGUGCAAUAAUUUCCCAUGCAUCUUUCACAUGUUGUCAGUUGGGCUUAGUGAGCAGAGCACAAAAAUAUAUACCUCCAGACUGUUUAUUUAUCAAAAAAUAUGUAAGCGUGCAUCUCUACAGGUGUGAGAGAGAGUUGAGUACAUAAAUACUUACAGAAUGAGAAUUGCAGAGCAUGUGCAACUAAGCACAUGGGAAA